UAUUUCGCAAUAAGCAAAUACCUGUGCCAGUACUGUCUUUUGUAUCAACUCUUUUCAGAUAUUUUUCAAACAUAUUGGUUUCAUUCUUGAGCACAUUGUUAGCUUGCCUAAAAGAAAAUAUUUUUUUACAUAUUUGACGUUUCCACACAGCUCCAUGCCAGGUAAACAUACGUUUUCAAAGCGGAAUUCACGAGUGGUGGACACAAAUUUGACGUUGAUAGAACUUACAAUGUCUCUUCAACAAGAUUAUAUAAUUCUUCGUCGGUUAAUUCUUCAAUUCUGUCCUCAUUUUGAUCAAUUGAGCUACUAACAUCGACAUCGGACGCCGCCAUUUUGUUUUCUUCUUCGUGUGUUGUCGUCAUGUUACCAUAACAACCGCGACAUCGAUCCCAAGCCUCCAGGAAGCGAGUGGCGCGAACGUCCGAAGAACGAUCACAAAUCACCUCAAAUUCAUAAAUUCAAUUUUUAUUUGGAAUCCUUUGGGAAAAGAAGGCAUCCGACGACCCAAAAUGAAACUGGUGCAGUAAGUAGUUGCAUCGUUAUAGUAUUUAGUUUUUUGCUAUGUAUUUUUGCUACUUACCUGAAGAAUCAUUCAAAAAUAGUGUUCUAUUUGGAGUAGUCGAGUUUCCAUGCGAGGACUAACCAUUAUGCAUAUUCUUAUAGGUUUUUGAUGAAAUUAAGCCAUGAAACUGUGACUAUUGAACUGAAAAAUGGUACAGUGAUACACGGCACGAUUGCAGGUAUGGUGGAAUUGGGUGAUUUCUGCAUUGUGUGAAAAUUGGUGAUGGUUCAGUGACAGUGUGUUGAUUUGUCUGACAAUUGACAUAAAUUAUAUUUGCAACUAAAGUUGUGAUAGAUAUAAACGCUUUCUAAUUCGACUCUUGAGAGUACUUGGCUUGUUAGAAAAAAAUUUGUAUAAUCAAAACAUACACUCAUUGGUUGGUUGCCAUCAAACCCCUUGUAAGAAAAUGGCAUCAGUCAAUGAAUCCCAAUGAUAAAUAUGUGCUGAAAAUCAUCAACAUUGCCACUGUGACAUAAAUGUGAGUGGAGUGUGGAUUACAGUUCGGGUUAAGAUUUACCAACCUUGGUGUGGCUCCCACUUUCUAGUGGCUCUCAUUAUCCGCCAUGCUAAUCUCUAUUUUCUUGAACCAGGUGUUGAUAUGAGCAUGAACACUCACUUGAAGACGGUGAAAAUGACGAUAAAAAACAAAGACCCCGUACAACUGGAUAGCCUGAGUAUCCGUGGCAACAACAUUCGUUACUACAUCCUACCUGAGAGUUUACCAAUUGAUACACUUUUGGUUGAGGAACCUCCUCGCGCCAAAGGAAGGAAACGAGAAGCGAGUAUGUUGCAAAAAUUAUGUUCUAAACCUUUUAAAAUCAGUUUAUUGUCAUGGACCUUAUCCAUUAUUGUACCAGCAAAGUUAUAUUAAUGCAUAUUUCAGCUUAUGCAGUAAAUAACCAUGCUUACUUUUUUACCAUCCUAGUGUCUCUUGGUCGGGGUAGAGGGCGUGGUCGAGGACGGGGCAGAGGUGGGCCCAGAGGACGUGGACGAGGCAGAAGAUAGAAUGCAAUCUUAUGUUUUGCUGUUUGAGGUGGAUUAUAGGAUGAACUAUAUGCAGAAUAUGACCUGACUUAGUCAUGUGAAACACCCUAGAUUUUGUUCUCUUCAUAUUUAAUUUUUUGUUUGUAACUAAUGUUUUAUACUCAGAUGAUGUAGAAUUGUGUACUAUGAACUCUACCUAAAUGUUGUAAAUAAAUGAUGGUUCUCAUUGUCAGUUAAAAUAUGAAAACACAAAAGCAAAUUGAAUGUUUAAUAGUUGUCUACUUCAUCUCUCAGAAGAGCUAGUUAUAAAAAAUGCUGUUGGUGAGAAUAUCGAGAGAUAACCAUUGUUUUUCGUACCUCCAAUGUUUAAUCUCUAUCCAUUGGCAGUUUGCUUCAUGAAUCUUACUUCACGAUCAGUUACUUUUAGGUUUCACAAUCUUGCAGUUCCACAAUAUUGAGCCAAGUAAAAACUUGAAAUUCCUAAAUGAACAACUGCAAUAUCAAUUUGCCCUCUUUGUUCUUUGACCACCAACAUUCUUGCACUUGUGAACCACAAAUCUAAUAGGGAUGAUGUCUUCUGUUCCAUUUAGGUUUCUUGGCCAGGUCAGGGUUGUACUGGGAGUAGUAACUAUAUGGAAUGAA